AUGGCGGCGGCAGCAGCAGCCGCCGGUGCCGGGCCCGGUCCGGGGGACGAGCUGGUGCAGGACGUGAUCCCCUACCGCCGGCGGUCGCGGCUGCUGCGGGGUACGGUGCUGCCCUUCUGCGCGCUGUACCCGCUCUGGCUGUGGUGCUGGGGGCCGUGCGCCUGGGCCUGGGCUUGGGGCGGCCCCGCCGAGGUGCCCGAGGCCGCGCUGCUCUGCCUCGCCGCCAUCGCUGCCGUGCACCUGCUCACCGCCUUGGCCGGCCUGUGGAGCGUCAACGUCCACUGCUUCCUCUACUGCUGCUGGGUACGCAGUCCAAGGAAAGCCACGUUGGUGAAAGUCGUGCCAACCCCAAACAACGGUUCCGCAGAACUGGUGCCGCUCCACCGGGACCAGGGAGAAGAUGGGCAGGAAGUCCUUUCCUUCGAAUUCCAGAAAAUCAAAUAUUUUUACGAGCUACACGAGAAGAAGAAAUUCCUUCCCGUGGCAUUCCCCGUGGAGCACCCGCUGCAGUAUUACCAGAACGCGCGAGGGUACCAGGAAGACAAAGAGAUCCAAGCGGCGGAGAAGCAAUAUGGCACUAACAAGUAA